AUGGAAAAAAAGCUGAAUCCUCCCGUUGCCGGACGCACCCCGAUAAUUCCAACCAACCGCGAGCUAACCAUCAGCCUCGUCGGCUCGAUAAUCCGCUUUGGGAUCGAUGUGCCACAAGUCCUGCUACGAAGGGAGCAGCUCUCUCCGGAUAAGCUGCUCUUCCUGCUCCUUCCAAUCAUCCGGAACCUCGGUAAGCUAAUCGACCGCAUCCGACACAGCUCGGCUGCCGUGGGCAGGGAUGCAUCAAACGGUUCCGGCCGCUUACCAUCGCACAGAGGCGUCCACUACUCGGCUGCAUCCAACAACGCGACCACCUCCGGGGUGCAAAAGCGCUCAGACAAUGCCACCACAGCGCCACCAACAAAGACGACCGAAACGCUUACCAGCUCCACGUGGCCAGCGACAGAGAAAGCCAGCGGGCCGCUUAAUCUCCACCGACAACGUCAGCAACAGCAACCCAUGCGCCCAUGCACUGCGCCAUCCUCACUAAUGAGCGAUGAAGACGAGUCCAAUGUUGCCUUCGAGAUCCUGCAGGACCCUGCCCAAGGCACACAGCGCCGCCAGGUGCUGAGGCAGCGGGAUGGUAAUUACGCGAUUCGCGAAACCACCGAUACGCGCGGCGCCGAUGGCACGUUCCAGCGUAUUACCAAAACCAUCAGCGGACCGGACGUGACGGUACUGAAGAACAUUACGAGCCAGCUGUCGGAGUUGCCUACCCUGAUGCCGAGGGGUGAAAAGUAG